GAGUGCCCGAUCAAUGAGAUCGAUGUUGACGAGGAGGUGAAGACGAACGAGCAGUGUGCGAAAAUUCUUUCUGACCUAACAGACUGGAAUUGGAUUUUUGGCAAAACUCCGAAGUUCUGGUUUGAAAACGGUCAUACAAAACAUACUCGGCAUGCACGAGCUGUGGCUGUCCGUCCGUUGAGCGUCGUAGAGACGCCUUUUCGACGGAAUGUCGUCACUCAGAAACGCUUCUACGCAGCUGCUGAGCGUCAUGAAUUCCAGGCGGAAACAAAAAAUCUAAUGGACAUUGUGGCGAAAUCCUUAUACUCUAACAGCGAG